CGUGACGCGGAGAGCGGAGCCGAGUCGCGCGACGCGUAUUGUCUGAACGGACAAAGAAGCGCACUGUGAGCGCGAGCUUCGGCCAGGUGAGCGGCCAGGUGUUAUGGCAACCGGCGUCAUGUGCGGCAACACGAAGUCGAGUUCUCGCUCGUUUCGAGAGCGAGGCGUGGGAACGCGUUUGGCCGCCUGAACUUGAUGUCUGGACCGCAAAUCCUCGAGAACGUCGCUGACCGCGUUUUCGCUGCGCUCACGCACACAGCUGGCUCCCCCAAACUGGAGAGCCUUUGUUGUUCCAGCGCUACAUCUCGCCGAUAGGGAUUUUUUCCCCCCUCCACCCUCUGUCGCUGUCGUCAACUAGCAGUAGCCUUUAGCCUCGGCGUCGGAGCAAAUUCAUUUCCGAAACGAGCGCAAUCUGCGCAUUCGGCGACCGGAUGCGAUGUCAUUCGCCAUGGAGGAUCAUUUGGAGUCCGGUUGGGUGUCGGUCCGACCCCGAGUGUUCGACGAGAAAGAGAGGCAUAAAUUUGUUUUCAUCGUGGCCUGGAACGACGUCGAGGGAAAGUUCGCCAUAACCUGCCACAACAGAACCGUCCAGAGACGGAGCGCUUUUCUGGACUUGGAUUGUGGCCCCGCGGCUGCCCUUCCUGUCCCCGCUGCUGAAAGUCCGGCCAAAGCGAAGAAAGACGAAGCCUGUAAAGCUGGUAAAGUUAGACCGCACUCAGCAAACCCCAGAGACAAAAAGACCGCAAAAGAUGAUGCCUCGAAGGCGUUCGAGUGCGUCAGCCUCACGUUGGGCUCCUGGAACAUUGUCACGCCGAAGGAGGUGGACAUGGAGAUCCUGGACGUCCCUUCGUCUCCCGAGGACGCAGACCCGGGAGACGGUGAGCUCAGCCUCCGCGAGGACUUCAGCUGGGCCGGCCUCUUCUCCUUCCAGGACCUGCGGGCGGCCCAUCAGCAGCUGUGCGCCGUCAACUCGGACCUGGAGCCCUGUCUGCCGCUGUUCCCGGAGGAGCAGUCCGGCGUGUGGACGGUGCUGUUCGGCGCGCCGGGGAUGUCGCAGCGGGAGACGGACGCGCUGUGCUACCAGCUGCAGGUGUACCUGGGUCACGCCCUGGACACCUGCGGCUGGAAGAUCCUCUCCCAGGUGCUUUUCUCCGAGGGCGACGACUCGGAGGAGUACUACGAGAGCCUGAGCGAGCUGCGGCAGAAAGGCUACGAGGAUGCGCUGGAGGCGGCCAAAAGGCGCAUGCAGGAGGUGUUGGACAAGCACAAGGCCAUGGACAGCAUGGUGGAGCUGCUGCAAGUGUACCCCGAGGAGGACGAGGCGUACGGCGAGCUGCUCGAGGCGACGACUCAGCUGUACCACUACCUGCUGCAGCCCUUCAGGGACAUCAGGGAAGUGGCAACGCUGCGGCGGCAGCAAAUUAAGAUCUGCCUGGAGACGGAACGACUCGGCCCUCGCCGCGUGGAGAGCCUGAGGAAAGAGGAUGAGGAGUGGCAGAAGAAGGCUCAGGCUGCCGUGCUCGCCAUUCAAGACCUGACUGUGAAGUUCUUUGAAACCACAACCCGAGCUCAGAAAGCUCUGUAUGAGCGGAUGCGCGCCGACCAGAGGAAGUUCGGAAAGUCGGCGUGGGCCACGGCAAUCGAGCGCAUGGAGCGGCUGCAGUACGCCGCUUCCAAGGAAACCCUGCAGCUCAUGAGGGCCAAAGAAAUCUGCCUGGAACAGAAGAAGCACGGCUUGAAGGAGGAGAUGCAGUGUCUGCAGGGUGGGGAGGAUGCAAUGAUGCGUCUGGACCAGCUGGAGGCGCUGUACUACGAGCUGCAGCUGCAGCUGUACGACAUUCAGGCGGAGGUGCUGCGCUGCGAGGAGCUGCUGCUGACGGCGCAGCUGCAGAGUCUGCGCAGGCAGAUGAUGGAGCGACAGGAUGAGGUGGUCUACUACGACGCCUUCGAGAGCCCCGACGCCAUGAAGGCCAAAGAGGAGCCCGCGUCCCCUCCGUCGCCCCUCAGAGACGACGAACUCUGCGUCCUCCAGCAGAGGACACGGCAACUGGAGGCCCGGAGGGGCCGCAUCACUGCCAAGAAAGUCUACCUCAAAAACAAGAAGGAAAUCUGCAUCUUCAAUCACAACCAGAAAACCCAGCAGCGCCAAGGACACAACGUCGACUUCAACUCUCUGCAGGGAGGAGAAGCUGCAGAAGACGACGAAGCAAAGAGAAACGUAACUGUGAGCCAGGAAAGGCAGAGGACUCUGGACAGACUUCGCAGCCUCAAACAGCGUUAUCCGGGUCAGGUGACCCUCCGGUCCAGUCGCCUGCGCCUCGCCCAGACUCCCGGCCGGAGGCGAGCGGCGCAGCAGCCCAGCACCCAGGCGGUCAGCGUCCAGACCGACUCCAUCUCCGACCUCCCGGAGCUCUCGGCUCCGCCCCCGGCUGACGUCUGCAGCUGCGAAGGCGCCUCACUGCCCUCCAUCGACCUCCAAAGCGCGCAGGCGGCGCCUCCUUUUCUCUCGCUGCCUCCGAUCCCGUCGUCGCCAUCUCUGCUCUCGGUGGGGCCGCCCGCCGCGCCUCCGCCUCCUCCUCCGCCUCCUCCUCUGCCUCCUCCAACGCCUCCUCAAUCACUUCCUCCCGCCGAGAGCCAAGCGAGCAGCCCGACCAAGACGCUAAAGUGCGAGUCUGAAUGCGCCUCGCUGCCGCUGGCUCCGUUUUCCCCGCGAUUCUUCGACAGCAGCCAGCUGCUGACCGCCAGGAAGAAGCUGAGGAAGACGGCAUCGCUGGACUCCUCACAGUGGAGGAAAGCGAGCUCGCCGAUGGACGAGGUGCUGGCCUCGCUGAAGCGCGGCAGCUUCCACCUGAGGAAGGCCGAGCUGCGCGUCCUCGGCCCCGACCCGGACGACGACAGCAACAACAUCCUGGCUCAGAUCCGGCAGGGCGUGCGUCUGAAGAAGGUGCGCGCCCGGCCGGAGCAACAGCGCCACCCCAAGAGCUUCCUGCACUCCGCCGACGCCCUGACCCGCAGCAUCCACGAGGCCCUGAGGAGAAUCAAGGAGGCCUCGCCGGAGUCCGAGUCCGAGGACGAAGGCCUGCCUUGCACUGACUGGGAAAACUAAUAGAGGCUUAAAUGAUGGACUCUGUUAGUUUUUUUUUUGGGUUUUUUAAUUCUAUGCGGCCAAAACAAAGAGAAAAUGAGGAUCAUGAAACAGACAAGCCUGAGUUACAUGAAGGCGCCUCGGUGCAACUAGAACAAAAAAAGUUGCUUUUUUUUUUUUUUUUUUGGUUUGUUCAUUUGUUAUUCCAUUCUUGUGUUUGUAAAGACUUAUUGUUUUAAGGUGUUGCUGUUGCAGUUUUGGGGAGGGCACAGACCUCCGACCUCCUGUUACAUCCGAGUCGUACUGUAGCUCCUUGUGAUGGGUUUGUUUGAAGGAGGAAACGUUUUGCUCCCUUCUGCUACCAGAGGCACAAACUCUGUCGCACCUUUGAACUUUACUUCACAGCAACUAUCUGUACCUGCAAAUCUCUCAGGACUGUCCCUGAUCACUGAAAGGAGCGGUGAUCCGCACUAGCAAGGGAAAACCACGGGCUCCGUUAGAGAAGGCAGGAAAUCAAAUCAUGUUCAUCUAAGACAAAAAUCAGUUCCUGUCGUGACAAAAAACGUGUUUUAUGAACCUUUGAUUUGUUUUGUUUUUUAAAUUCUGUUGGUUUCUUUGUGUUUUGCCCUCACAAUCAGGCUGAAGGUUUUACUUUUAAUCAAAAUAGGGAAGCAAGAGUUAUUUUUUACUGAGGCUGAAAAGUAGAACGUAUAGACGAUUUCACUUUAAACUGGAUUUGUUGUUCCCCAGUCUAUUUUAAGCCUGGCGGGCCACCAGGCUUCAUUAGCCAGCCCACCAGCCUGAGCGUCAUUUGUUUAUUUGAAGAAGUUUUUUUUUUUUUCAAUAGAAAAGACCGAUUGAGCUACGUUUAUAGUGGACCCGUUGAGUUGCACCUCACGCAGUGUUUCAAACUUAUGAUGCCUGCUUGUGCUUCUCCGAAUUUUUGUCACUUUUCACAUUUUUUCGACAUGGAAAAACAUGGCGAGCCGUCGACGAACCGCCGUAGUUUUGCCGAGCUUUCUUGGGGAAACCCGGCGUUUGGCGCUAACACAGGUUCAACAAAUGGACAUCAGUCCUGUCGUCUCCUAUCAGCCAGCUGAUUAGCAGUGUGCAGCAUGUAGGAAUGCAACUUUCUAAAUCUGCGGUAUGCCUCGGUAAGGCGGCCUGCCGAGCACAGACGCUGUUCCUGCCAGCUCAGUAUUUUUGAUGAAAGUUGUUUUUGUUGCCUCCAUUUCAACAGUCGAGUCGCAUGAAGGCGUUUUUUGAUGGUGUGGCGAUAAAUUGUCAGAUUUACGGCUCGGUUUACUCAUAAUCUCAGCUGUGAGUUGAUUAGCUUCACUGGGAAAAAACUGAGACAUCAGACGAAACAAUUAGGGAAGCGGAUAUGACGUAGUUCACGCAGUUAAAAUUGGAUUAGAUUAAAUGGGGGUUUUUUCUCCCCCAUUUUGAUUUGAUGUCAGGUUCAUUGGGACUUCACUGCCCCCUGGUGGCAUCUCCUCACAUUACAGCAUGGGGUGUUUCCAAUAGAUUUUUCUCUUUUGCCUUUUUCUUUUUUUAUUGCGUGACUUUGGACUUUGUGUUAACAUUUGGUGCGUGAGUGAUUAUUUUAGGUUUUAUUAUUAUUAUUUAAUGUUUUUAAAUGUUUUUUUAUAUACUGAAAAUAAGUUUCUUUGACAAAUUAUGCACCAAGUACUGUGGCUUAAUUGCAAGAUACAUUUUCUUUUUCCUCCUAGGUAAAUUUCAGGAUUGUUUGCUGCAUUGUUUUUUAUUUUAAUAUUUGUUGAACGCCGAUUUUACAGUUUCACUUUUGGUUAGAAUUGAAAAGUAAAGCACAACUGAAAACAAGAGAAAAAACAAACAAAAGAAGAAAAUGAUAACUAAUUGAACUUCCCAACAGACCAGAGAGCUUCAGUUGUGUUUCAGGUCGUGUUUUUACACGAACGCGUUUCCACUACAAAGAUGUCGCUUUAAUGCAUCAAAGUGUGUGUGAGUGUGUGUUGACCAGCACCGAGAACUGAAAACCAGCAUUUCUCUUCUCUAGUUUUAUCUUAGCGUUAGCUUAAUGUUAGCUCAACAUUAGCUUAAUGUUAGCUUAACAUUAGCUUAAUGUUAGCUUAGCGUUGGCUUCUUCCAGCUUUUUGAAUCUCCUUCUACAGCACAAACGGAGCGCACUGUUUACAUCGGUUUACAGUUAGCAUGUGCUAAGCUAACUGUGGCAUCACGAGUAAUCUGGGCGUCGAAGCCGCCGUGAUUCAUUUGCAUGCAGUUUCUCACAGCUAACUGGUUUGUUUUCCAGUUUAUUGGGGAAAAGCAACCAAGAAUACAACUUGAUACUUUUUUGUUGCUGUUGUUAGACUGGCGUCCAGUUUUAGCAACUUUUGCACAAGACUGGCUCGAGGAGGGCAAACCCAUCACAAAGUAUGUGCAAUAAGUGAAGAUCGGAGGGGAAAAAAAAGUCAUUUUUUGAUUUAUACUGUAAACAAAUGUAAAUCAUGAGAAAUGUAUCCACAUGCCUAAAUGUAUUGAAGUAUUUAUUGAAGCGUCAUAUUUUGAAGAUGUUUUUAAACGUACCUGACGAUGUCCUGUCACGCCAUUCCUCUCUCUGCUUUUCCAUAACCAAAACAAAAAAAAAAGAAAUCUUUAUUUUUCUUUUCAUAUUAAAAGCACCCAAAAAGUG